ACGGGAUGCUUUAUGAGGAUAUUUAUUUUGAAAGAAACCGGAUAUACACCGACCUUUCCUUGUGGUAAGCUUGACAACGGUUAAGGUUAGAUGACAUGCUAACCCUGAUCAUAACGCUAAUUACGAAUGUAUCGUGGCUCUUUGUAGGGAAGCACUAUUCAUCAAAAUUACGAAGUUUUUGUGUUCAUCUUAAUUUCUGCAUAUAGGACAUCUGGACAACAUAGCAACAUGUUUGUUAUGUGCAAGACGAGCAAGCUAACAAGCUAGCAGUGGUAACGGUAUUUUGGAUUGACUGAUGUUUUAACAGUGUGCAGCUGGCUUCUGGCUAACGUUAGUUUCAUUUGCACACUGAACAAGCUAACGAUGACCAGUGGCUCAGCGCCAGAAUUUGUGCAUUAGCUAGCAACGUUAGACUUUUUAAAGAAUAAGUGAAGCGGCAUGGAAAGUAAGUUACAUGGGAUAAUUUCAGGGUAAUUUCGAGCACGGGCUCCUACGUAUAUUUUUAAAAGGAUAACGUUAUAUUAUAUGAUACGCUUUGUUUGCUCCGUGGAAUGACGACAUUUGCUACAUUCGGCUCCCUCAAACACGGGCGUCGGUGAUGCUGUCGACCGCUGGCCAAAUGCCUCGCUCGUCCGAAUUGGGACAGAGCCCCCAAACUUAAUUAUAAACCAUGCAAAGCUGCGAGUAUCAACAAAUCGACCCCCAGGCACUUCCGACGCCAACCCCGACCCCUCCACCCCAUCAUGGAAACGACGUUAACAAGAGAGAGGAGCCGAAAAGACCGAGGAGAAAGUGGCAAGUUUUCCCCGGAAAGAAUCGUUUCUACUGCGAUGGACGGAUCAUGGUGGCCCGAGAGAGUGGGGUCUUGCCCCUCACUCUGGGCCUUAUUCUCAUCACAAGUGGAUUAUUCUUUAUAUUUGACUGUCCCUUCCUGGUCAAACACCUGACCAGCUGCAUACCUGUUAUUGGAGGAGGCCUGUUUGUAUUUGUGGUCAUCACCUUGCUUCAGACCAGCCUCACUGACCCCGGCAUCCUGCCCAGAGCAACACCAGAUGAGGCUGCAGAUAUUGAAAAACAGAUUGACAACACUGGAAAUGCCAGCUAUCGGCCUCCGCCGCGCACCAAGGAAGUCCUCAUCAACCAGCAGGUGGUGAAGCUCAAGUACUGCUUCUCCUGCAAGAUGUUCCGGCCGCCGCGCACCUCCCACUGCAGCCUGUGUGACAACUGUGUGGAGCGAUUCGACCAUCACUGUCCCUGGGUGGGGAACUGUGUGGGAAAGCGCAACUACCGUUUCUUCUACACCUUCAUCGUGUCGCUCUCCUUCCUGACGGCGUUCAUCUUCGGCUGUGUGACCACACAUCUAGCACUGAGGGCUCAAGGUGGAAAAGGCCUGGUGUUUGCUGUGCAAGAGAGUCCAGGCAGUGCAGUGGAGCUGGUGAUAUGUUUCUUCUCAGUCUGGUCCAUCUUGGGCCUCUCAGGCUUCCAUACAUACCUGGUUGCUUCCAACCUCACCACUAAUGAAGAUAUUAAAGGCUCCUGGUCAGGAAAAAGUGGAGAAGGUGUCACCAACCCAUACAGCCAUAAAAACAUCUUCAUCAACUGUUGCUCUGUGCUCUGUGGACCCAUGCCACCCAGCUUGAUCGACAGACGGGGUUUCCUGCCCACAGAUGAAUCUGUCCAAACGGGCGGCGUGAGCAUCGAGCUGCCCGCUUUGGCCGCUAAAAGCGAGAUAAACGUGUGCACACAGGGAACUAAAGGUCUCCUGGAGUCGGCCACUCUCCCUCCGCUCCUGUCCACCUCGUGUCCUCAGGGGAAACCUCAGACAGCUUAUACCUGCCCAGACAGCAGCCCCGCGGUGAACUCUGACCCCUCCCCGCAGCUCUCCACAAGCUGCGGGGCCCGCCAUACCGCCAGUUCCCGGGACAAUACCUCUCCACCACGUCACACCAAGACUCGGUCAAAGAAAAGCAAACUAGCGGCUCUGCAUAUUCCCAACCCUUCCUUUGAUGUUCCUGUUUCCCCCACCUCUCCGGACGCUGGGCCCAGCUUCAUCCCUAUGCACUGACUGUAACGACAGCUUUCGAAAGUGAAAAAAAAACACGUUGUGUGAAGCUUGCAUGCUGUAACAAAGUCAGACACACAUGGUAUAAAGUCAAAAAUUGUUAUUAAGUGUCGGUUCCCUGAAAGCUCCAAGUCUAGUCAUUGUGUUUUAGGAUGACGAUCACAAAGAUAUGCAUUUGUGUUUGUAGUGGAAAUAGGAGCACUAGAGAUCUAGAGAAUAGAUUGGAUCUAUUCUGGCUGUAAAGGGUGCAACUUUGGUGUAGAAUGACAAGCACAUAAAAAGAUUUGUAAGAUAGAGGAACUGGUGUACUGACAGAACCAUAUGCCUUCCUGAUGAUUCUCAUGUCAAACAUGAAUUUUACCAGCAUGUCCGAUCCUGCAAAUUUUAUAAAAUAAUGGCUUUGAUGUAUCAGGUGGAAAAACUGUAGGAGCUUGAAAAGCUUUGUAUGGUCUUAAAGGGAUUGUCCACCCCAAAUAUAGAAUUUAAUUCCCAUAUGUCCUUCCUCUAAAAUCGCGCGGCUCCGUGUAAAAAUGGGACCUUGAGCUAGUUACUCCUAAAGAUGAACAGCAGAGAGACAGUUUGUACUGAUGAUGUCAUCUAGAGACAUCAUCAGUACAUGUCAAUUAAACUCUGACAGCAGCCAUGGAGCGUUUUUAAGAAUAUGAGUACUAAAAGCUCUACGUUCAAAUCAAACUUCUUUGGAGGUACAGAUGGGUGACAAAUUAAAGCUAUCUUGCCCUGGGCCCCUUUAGCGGGAUGGUCUGGCCCUGGGCAGAGAACACUGUCUACCCCUAGACUGUAGAUAAAGAUGGAUGAUGUGUCUCCACUUCCUCCCACUGUACAAGAGGGAAGCCAUAACACGGGGAUCCGGGCGCUGUAUCAUACCACCACACUAUCCAUUGUUCUGAAAGAACAACUAAGCAAUAAGGCUAUGUGGGCUAUCUUGGCCAAUCAUUUUGCUUUUGUUAUAUUUCUAUAGAUUAAUUAAGCUUAAACAGAGGGGGCACAAAUAAAUUAAACCGUGAUUAAGGUCCCACAUUGUGUUCAUCUCCUAGUUCAUACUUUUCUGCUAGAACAUGUUUACACUCUUUAAUGUUAAAAAAAAAGUCCUCACAGUGUCUGAAUAUACAUGUAUUCACCCUCUGUCUUUAGCAUCUGUCUCUUUAAGCCCCCCUACCGAAAAAGGCCGGUUUGCUCUGAUUGGUCAGUGUGUCCGGGUCUUCCAGAACAACACUCUCUGUGUCUCUGCACCGUCAUUGCAGCCGGGUAAUGACUGGAACAGUACUGUAGCGGCACUUUCUACCUAUAUAUAGCAUAGUUGUGUCAUUGCAACCGUACAGACGAUCACAAUCCAUUCUCUUUGGAAUGAGGGUUCUGAUGCUUUCACUGUAUUUACAUAUAAACCUCACCCUGCAUUAUAAUAAAAAGGAAAUCUCACUUUUUUACAAUUUGGGACCUUUAAUACCCCUAUUGUUCUACUACCUGUGAAGUCCAAAGCAUUGCAAAGAUACAUGUAAUUUUUUAAGCUCUGGCUUUUUUUCUUUCCCCACACAUUUAUUCAGGUUUUCCUUUGUCGCCCAUCUAAAAUAUCUCAAACAAAGGUGUACAGGUCUAUUGACUUCAAUAAGUUAUUCAGCAUGAAUGAGCCCACCCUAAAUACAGUCAUGAAACAACGUCUUUCUUUGCUUAAAGGUCUUGACUUUACUAUCCAAAAUCUUAAACUUGCACGUGGAUUCAGAUUUUGUGUGGAUUUUCCCUUUAAAUUAAGCACCGUGUGUAUUGGUUGUAUCGCUGUGUUCUGUUGUUCAGAUUUCCUUGCUGUAUAGAUGGCAGCAAAUGCAACUGCAUGAUACUGACUAUAGAAUUUUUUUUAUUUUUGUUUAUUGAAUUUAAGCAUCACUUUCUACACUAUAGAGAUCUUUUGCCACUUUUUGUAGGAAAGCUGUGAUUUAGAGUUCCUGAAAACAAUCGUGUUCAUUGCCUCCAGCUUGAGUCAUUAAAGGUCACAUGACAUGGUGUUCUUUGGAUGCUUUCAUAUAGAGCUUAGUGGUCCCCUAAUACCAUAUCUGAAGUCUCUUUUAUGUAAACCUUAGCGGUCCCCUAAUACUGUAUCUGAAGUCUCUUUUAUGUAAACCUUAGUGGUCCCCU